AUGCUGAUAUCAGUACAUCCAUCAUUAUGGUAUCGUGAUAGAAGUGGACUACGAAUAGGAGGAGUUUCAAGAUAUACCGUUGAGUAUACCCGGAUAGAUCCAUCAGUAUCGGAGAUAUAUGUUCGCCUAAAAAAUAUUGAAAAAACAACCAUCAGAGCCAUACAUUUACUAAGUGGACCUUUUAUACUAUACUGUCAUGUAGUACCCGUUAACUACAACUAUAGAAAACCUUUCCAUCCAGAAGAUGUUGCAACAAACAGUGAAGUGGUGUUUCACAAUCAAAUCAAACCCAAUCAAUCAUUUAAUGUCACACUAUUGUUGAAUGAGAACUCCCUCAAGGGUACAAAUAAUGAUGGAAAUGAUAUAUUCCAAUGGGAAAUAGAAGUCGUAUCUCAAAUUGUCAUAACUACAAAAACUGAAGUGGUAUAUGAUCUCAUGAUUGGUGAUGACUUGCGCUUUUUAAAGAAAUUGAAUGGUCAUAAUAUUGUCACUCAAACACUCAAUAGUUUUGGAUCUAAUAAUAGUAGUAAUGAGCAUAUGAAGAAAUUAGACGUUAUUGAUGGCCCUCUGACGGAUAAUCAUGUUUACAACCCUCAAUUGGUUGUUAAAAAGAUGACUGCUGAUGACAUUUGGUCUAAUGAACCGAGAUUUCCGAAGAAACCUGUUCAUUUGAUUAUUGUUACCCAUGGGAUCUUUUCUAAUCUAACAGCAGAUAUGCUUUACAUUAAAGACCAAUUGGAACUAAGAGUCAAAGAUAAUAUAUUGGUCAGGGGUUACAAGUAUAAUGCUGGUCAUACAGAAAAAGGUGUCAAAAAAUUGGGCACCAAUGUUGCAAACUACAUUAUCGACUUAAUUGAAGACGGGACGUAUUCUUUUGAUAAAAUCUCAUUUAUUGGUCAUUCUUUAGGUGGAUUGGUACAGUUAUAUGCUAUUAAGUAUAUCUUGGUGACUAAAGGUGCUGAUUAUUUUGAUAAGCACAACAUAAAGCCUACCAAUCUAAUAAGUAUGGCAUCGCCGUUAUUGGGUAUUUUGAACGAAAUGAACUUUUUAAUUUCAUGGGUAUUAGAUAUUGGAACACUUGGAAAAACUGGUCGUGAUUUAACUUUGCUGAAUAGGCUACCAGCAUGGAGUGAUUUAAGUGUUGGGGACUCCAAGAAAAGGGAUUCGUUUAAACCUGUACUAGAGACUUUACCUGACGAUCCAUUGGAAACUUUUCUCGGUAGAUUUGAACAGUUGGUUGUUUAUGCCAAUGCAAUAAACGAUGGAAUAGUCCCCUUGAGAACUGCAGCGUUGUUGUACUUGGAUUACGAGGCAUUGGGUGAUGUAUCGCAAUUGAAAAAGAGUAGGCAUAUUAAGGAUCAUCCCGAGCUUGAAGAAAGGAAUCACCCAAUAAAGUCUAAUCUCAGUCGAAAUAGUGUACUGGAGAUUCCUGAAGAAGAUAACCAGGUAGUUAAGGACAUUCAGGAUGCAACUGCGGUGAACAACGAACAGCAAACUGCGAGCUCCUUGAUGACCAAGUUACCAGGUAAGCUUGAUAAUUUUGUAAAUUCGGAUUCUGCUGCAAGUGAACAAGUUACUUCACACAAACGUAAACAUCACCUAACAAGAAGACAAAAGAGAUAUAAGAAAUUUAGUGUUAAAGGAACGGAAUCAUCUUUAUUCAAUGAAAUACUACCAGAACAGAAUUCUUUACAAGAACAGACUUCUGUUUCAAGUCAUGAUUCCCAAAGUAUUGUCGUCCCACCAAGAGCAUCUGCAAUAGAAUCUGCCAUUAAUACAAUAGUUGGCCCAGUCCCAUCAAGCUUCUAUUUGAUGAAUCCAGACCAAAGACAACACGUUAUAUUCCAUGACAAGUAUUACCAGUUUGAUACUCCCCCUGGUGGAGAAAUCAAUGGAAAUAAACACUGA